CAGGUUUUUUCCAGGCUGCCGUUUCAUGUAACAUUUGGCCUAUCAUAGGCCUUGGGCUGUGGCCUACCUGAAAUGGGACAUGUUUACCUCUAGAGGGCAACUGAUAAAAGAAGUCAUGUGAAGGUGCUCUUCCCAAUUUAACAUUAAAUGAAGCCUAGAAAUAGGUUUUAUUCUUAUUUUUGGAAUUACUGUGGUGUGUUUUUAGGGCUGACCACUUUCUUCUUCCUCCAAAGAGAGCCCCAGAUUGUGCCAGUUACUGCAAUGGAGAGCCAUGGCUGAAGUCAGUGCGAAUUUUUCCAAGCUCCCUGAAGAUGUUCGGGAGCGAUUGGCAGAACUGGAUUUGGAACUGUCAGAGGGUGAUAUCACACCCAAAGGCUAUGAGAAGAAGAAGUCAAAGCUCCUGGCUCCAUACCUUCCCCAGAGACAACCACCAGUUGCAUUGGGCCUGUAUAACUUUUCAUUUUUAGAUAUCCGCCAAGAGGCAGUCCAACAAGCAUUGUCUGCAAUGCAGGGCAAACCCAAACCAUCUGUGCCUAUGCCAUCCAAGAGAACGUCUGUAAUGGCCCGCUCUCCUGAUGCAGAAGCUCAGCAUGAUUCUUUGUCAAGUUCUGAUGAGAGCAGCAGUGUCAUCAAUGAGGGAGAUACUGCCAACAACACACCAGAACAUGAACGUCUCUCUCAAACUUCUCUCCCCGUUUCAAACUCUGAGGAGAGGGGGAAUCCAGAAUUUAUUCUGGAUCCAAAUCCACACAAAGUUCCCAAUGGAGAUCCAAAGGGAGGCAAGUUAGUGCAUGAGACCAAGGUGGAUCAACCUACAGAGCAGAUGGGAGAAAUCAGAGAAUUGGCAGAUGUGAUGCAAAAUUUCCAGCCAUAUGUCAACAUUCCACCAGACCUCACCAACAAUACUCCUGUUGGACCCAGAAUUUCAAGUGAUAGGGUGAAGUAUGGCCAUUCUCAUGCUGGUUCUGUGCGGAACACCCUGCUUUUUUUUUUUUCCUCAACAGUUACAGGGAAGUGGAAAGUGUCAACCAAGAUUCAGCAGUUGCUCAACACGCUAAAGAGACCCAAGAGGCGUCCUUUGCCAGAAUUUUAUAUUGAUGAUGAGACUGAUCUGGAAAUUGCAGCAAAUCCAAAGGAUCCCAAUGCGCCCAAACCUGAGGGUCACACCAUGACCCCUGCUGCUGGUGAUCAGCUUGUGGUUCCCUCUGGAUUACCACGGAACUUGGAAGCUGCUCUCCAGAGAUAUGGCUCAGCUUCUUAUAAAGCUCCAGCUGCUACUGUACUGGAUGCUGGGAACAAGUUGAGCACUUCUCUCACUUAUGGGAAGCUGUUGAGCCGUUCUCAGAAGAUUUCAUUUGCAUUGCUGAACCGAGGAAAAGGGGAACUUGUAUUGAAACCUGGAGACCGAGUGGCAUUAGUGUACCCUAAUACUGAUCCCUUGAGUUUCAUCUGUUCUUUCUAUGGCUGCUUACAAGCUGGCAUUGUUCCUGUCCCCAUUGAAGUCCCCAUAACCAGAAGGGAUGCUGGAGCACAGCAAAUAGGAUUCCUUUUGGGAAGCUGUGGGGUAUCUGUGGCCUUGACUUCUGAGGCUUGCUUGAAGGGGCUUCCUAAGUCAAGUUCAGGUGAUGUGUGCUCCUUUCGUGGUUGGCCCCCACUUAAUUGGUUCCCCACUGAUCAUUUACCAAAGCCUCCCAAGGAUUGGCUUCCUCCACCACGACUUACAGACGACACUCCUGCCUACAUAGAGUAUGUGACUGAUAAAGAUGGAUCAGUAAUGGGUGUGACAGUUACACGAACUGCCAUGCUUCAACAUUGUCGUGCACUCACUGCUGCAUGCAACUACACAGAGGGAGAAGUAAUGGUUGGUGUAUUAGAUUUCAAGAGAGAAGUCGGUCUGUGGCAUGCCAUAAUGUGUAGUGUCUUCAAUGGGAUGCAUGUAAUCUUCAUCCCAUAUGCUCUGAUGAAGAUCAACCCUGCUUCAUGGAUGCAGAUGAUAACUAAGUUCAAAGCAAGUGUGGCUUUGGUAAAAUCACGUGAUCUUCAUUGGGGUCUCCUUGCCACCAAGGAUCAUCGCGAUGUGAAUCUCUCAUCUUUGCGAAUGCUCUUGGUGGCAGAUGGGGCCAAUCCAUGGUCCUUAUCCUCUUGUGAUCAGUUUCUGACUGCUUUUCAAAGCAAAGGCUUGAAGGUUGAAUCUAUCUGCCCAUGUGCCAGUUCAUGCGAGGCUCUUACUGUUUCCAUUCGCAGGCCCAAUAGAACAGGUGUGAAUGCCACAGGACGAGGUGUGCUUUCAAUGUCAGGUCUCAGUUAUGGUGUAGUCAGGGUAGACCAGGAGAAUAGCCUCACUUCUCUCACACUGCAAGACUGUGGGCAGGUGUUACCUGCUGCUGUGGUAGUAGUAGUAAAAAUGGAUGGACAACCAUAUCUUUGCAAAACUGAUGAAGUUGGAGAGAUAUGUGUCAACUCUGGAAACACUGGAAGCCAGUACUGGGGAUUGCAGGGACUGACAAACCAUGUAUUCAAGGUCCAGCCACUCUGUCCUGAAAUGAACAAGCCUAUAUCUGAUGCUGCCUUUGUUCGCUCUGGUCUUCUUGGCUUCCUUGGCCCAGGAGGACUAGUGUUCAUUUGUGGCUCAAGAGAUGGCUUGAUGCAAGUCACAGGCAGGAAGCACAACACAGAUGACAUAAUUGCCACUGUUCUUGCAGUGGAACCUAUGAAGUUCAUCUAUCGUGGUCGAAUAGGUGUUUUCAGUAUCAAGGUGCUACGGGAUGAGAGGAUCUGUGUGAUUGCUGAGCAAAGACCUGAUUGCAGUGAGGAAGAAAGCUUCCAGUGGAUGUCUCGAGUCCUGCAGGCAGUAGACUCCAUCCACCAGGUUGGGAUCUACUGUCUUGCCUUAGUCCCUCCUAAUCACCUUCCCAAAACUCCACUGGGUGGAAUUCACUUGUCAGAAACCAAACGUCGCUUCCUUGAGGGAACUCUCCAUCCUGCUAAUUUGCUCAUGUGCCCCCACACCUGUGUGACCAAUCUCCCCAAACCACGAGAAGUCCAUCCUGAUAUCGGUCCAGCAUCUGUGAUGGUUGGCAAUAUAGUUCAAGGGAAUCGGUUGGCUUCUGCUCAAGGAAGGGAUCUAACGCUCACUGAAGAUGACUCCGACAAAGCCAAGAAGUGUCAGUUCAUCUCAGAGAUCCUACGAUGGAGGGCCCAGACAUCUCCAGAUCAUAACUUGUUCACAUUGCUCAACUCCAAAAGCACAGUCUCCGGUGUUCUCACUUGUUCUCAACUGCACAAAAGAGCAGAGCGAAUUGGUACCUUCUUGAUGGAGAGAGGGAAAGUCAACACGGGUGAUCAUGUUGCCCUCAUUUAUCCUCCUGGAAUUGAUCUCAUUUGUGCACUCUAUGGGUGUCUCUAUGUUGGUACUGUCCCUGUAACUAUCAGACCUCCUCAUCCUCAAAAUCUACAGACCACUCUACCGACUGUCCGCAUGAUUGUAGAUGUCAGCAAGUCUGUCCUCAUUCUUUCCACACAGAAUGUCAUGAAGCUGUUGCGUUCCAAGGAAGCCAGUAAUGUCGUUGACAUCAAGUCAUGGCCCCCUACCUUGGAUACAGAAGAUCUCCCAAAGAAGAAGCUCACAGCAAUCUACAGAGCUCCAACUGCUGAGAUGCUGGCCUACCUGGAUUUCAGUGUGUCUACAACUGGAAUGCUGGCAGGCAUCAAGAUGUCACACUCAGCUGUUACUUCACUCUGCAAAGCUAUGAAGCUACAAUGUGAAUUGUAUCAGUCUCGUGAUGUUGCCCUUUGCCUGGAUCCGUAUUGUGGGUUGGGCUUUGCCCUCUGGUGUUUCAGUAGUAUCUAUUCAGGUCAUCACUCAAUUCUGGUUCCACCAUCAGAAGUGGAGGUGAACCCAUCUUUGUGGUUAAUGGCUGUUAGCCAGUUCAAAGUUCGGGACACUUUCUGCUCAUAUGGUGUCAUGGAGCUAUGCACCAAAGGCCUAGGAAAUGCCAUCCCACAGCUAAAACAAAAAGGUGUGAAUCUGAAUUGUGUCAGAACGUGUGUGGUGGUAGCCGAAGAACGUCCACGGAUUGCACUGGCCAAUAGCUUCUCUAGGCUCUUCUCUGGGCUUGGCCUGAGUCCUAGAGCAGUGUCUACCAGCUUUGGCUGCCGGGUAAACAUUGCAAUAUGCUUGCAGGGUGCUUCGAGUCCUGACCCAACUCUGGUUUAUGUAGACGUGAGAGCUCUGCGUAAUGAUAGAGUAACUCUUGUUGAGAAGGGAGCUCCUCAUUCCAUUUGUCUAAUGGAGAGUGGGAAACUGAACCCAGGCGUCAAGGUUAUCAUUGCAAAUCCAGAGACCAAGGGGCACUGUGGUGAUUCCCACCUUGGAGAGAUUUGGAUCCAGUCUCCCUUCAAUGCCAGUGGAUAUUUCACCAUUUUUGGGGAAGAAAGUAACUACAGUGAUCACUUCAAUGCUCAUCUAGUCACAGGAAACACAAGUGAAGUGUAUGCUCGCACUGGCUACUUGGGCUUUCUCAGGCGCACAGAGAGCAUUCAGGCUGAUGGAGGUCUGCAUGAUGCAGUGUUUGUGGUGGGUGCUCUGGAUGAAACAAUUGUUCUGCGUGGCAUGCGCUAUCAUCCAAUUGAUGUUGAGAACACCAUCCUUCGAUGCCACAAGAAGAUAGCUGAAUGUGCUGUUUUUACAUGGACCAAUCUUCUGGUGGUUGUGGUUGAGCUGGAUGGAAAUGAGACCGAAGCAUUGGACUUGGUUCCAGUAGUGACAAAUGCAGUCCUGGAGGAGCAUCAUCUCAUUGUAGGAGUUGUCGUCGUAGUGGAUCCAGGAGUGAUCCCUAUUAAUUCUCGUGGGGAGAAGCAACGCAUGCAUCUCCGUGAUGGCUUCCUUGCUGAUCAGCUCGAUCCUAUAUAUGUGGCAUACAAUAUGUGAUAUGGCAUUGGUCUCCCUUCCUGUCUCAGAAUCCUCCCACCAGACUUUCCUAUGUUUCUCCUAGUCCUCUCUUUUGUCUUCUUUGAGUCAAGUUCAGCCUUCAUAUGAAGGAUAUGCCACUCUCUGUCUGCCUGUUUAUGGCAGAGAUUUUGCAGAAUUAGUGAUUGUAUCCUUGUUAGGGAUCAGUUGAUGUUUAGGGUGUGCUUUUUCCUACAGCCAUCAUUUAUCAAGCUCAUUUAAUUUAUGUAACAUGUUCAGGGUAAAAGCAGAAUGUGUGCACACAGCGAUCAUCACAAUACGCUUCUGUGGACAUAUUUUUGUUUCCUGUGGGUUGCCCAUCUUGUCCACCUGGUAGUGUCAACUUUCCACCCCUUGGGAAUUAUGACUUCUGUGUAUGUUUCAUUACAACAUGUACUCAUGACAUACUGUGUUGACCAACGUGUGAUAAAGAGCUAAUCUCUAUCCCUAUUUAGUAGGACUCGACCUAUCGUGCCAUAUUUUCCUUGCUCAUGGCCUGAGUUUCUUUUUUUUUUUUCCUAUCUCUUAAGAAAAAUGUCUUGCCUCAGGAGCACCAAUAUGCCAAUGAAGAUGUCAGGGUGUUGCCACCAUUGAGUUGUAGACCUGCUUUUCUUAGGUCAGUUGUACACCACAAGCACCACUAGUCUUUCAUUAUCAAGAUCUAAGAGUAUCUAUAAGUUUAUUCAUGAUCUUUGAAAAGUUGACUUAGCAAUAGUUAUGCAUUCCUUUAUUAUACUUCUCUGGUAACACUUUUCUCUCUUAUCUUUAGUAGACUCUUUGACAUCCAAUGGCCAACUUCCUAAAGUACAUGACUUCUCCCCACUGGAAGAUCUUGCCUUGUGCAGUUUUUACUAUAUUUUAUAGCACAAUUGUGAAUUGUCUGUCAUCUGUAUUGUACUGGUAUUCUCAUAAUUCCCACAGCCAUUGCUUCCUGACUGCCACAGUUUUUCUUGAAUUUUCUUUGUUGUGCAAUUAUUGCUGUUGAAAUGUUCUUUAUCACCAUGUAUGGCAUGUUCUUGCAGCUGUACAUACUGCCUGC